UCACUUUCUCGUUUUCUUUUCUCGUCGUCUUUUUCUCAUUCGUUCGUAAAAAUAAAAACCGUGGUCAAACUUUCUUUCUGUUGCAUGUUUCGUGUAGGUGCGUGGAGUGUAAGUUACACGGUGUAAUGUCAAUACUGUCCUCUUCUUCGUGAUAGCUAUUUGAAUUCUCUCGAGUUUGUUAGAGAGAUCAAAAUUUUGCACCUGCAGUACUGAUUGUGCGAUGUCAUGUUCAUGUCGAUCAUCAUUGCUUAGUCAAUAUUCACUCGAUCCUUAACUUCAUCUUCAUGGUAUGCAAGCUGUGACGGAAUGGGAGACGUUCCAUCUCCGAUGAUGGAGAUAAAUGGAGGCACUUCUAGUAGCAAUUUAACUUCCGAGUUGCAAAAAACGAGAAGAAAGAAACAACAGAGAGAAGCAGAAGACGUCGCAGGGGGAGGAGGAGGAGGAGAUGUCACCACGUUGGAUUGUGGGUGUGGUGAAUCGCAGUGGUUGCAAUGUGAAGAUCAGACGGAUGGGAUACCUGAAAGUUUGCGCUUCAACUGGUUUGAUAUUCUCUGCAUCAUUCUGUCCAUCACGACGUACGUAGUGGACUUGGGAAUGGAUAUCUAUGUGUCUUACGUCUACUACUGUUCCGGCUAUUAUUGGUACUUUGCCCUUGCUCUGAUCUUUAUCAUCAUUCCGAGCGUCAGCAUGACGGCCUUUAGCUUGAGAUGGUAUGUCACCGACAUGGACAAUCAGACAAUUCCGAAACCAUCCUGUACCAAGUGGAUUAUUCGCACUGUAUUUUUGUUGCUACAGCUUGCUCCAGUUCUGAGGUACUUUGACGCUUUAAUUUAUGGUCUCAAGAGUCGAAAAGCUGCGGAGAAGAAUGACCGCCCAAAUCAGUACAAGUAUUAUGCAUACAUGAUCAAUGAAGACGCAGACUCAACCUUGUUACGACUUUUUGAAGCCUUUAUGGAAUCUGCACCCCAAGUGACACUGCAACUAUAUAUUUUAAUUUAUCACUUUAAUGACCCCACCAGUCCGUUCAAAGAUCAAGACGGAAGCAGAGGAUAUAUGAUACAAGUUAUAGCUGUAUUGUCGUCCCUUGUAAGCCUUGCUUGGUCAUUGUCUGUAUAUCAUCGCUCGAUUCGAUAUGCACAACAAGAAAAAAUUAAUAUUUCGUAUAAAGGAACUCUUUUACAAUUUGUAUGGCAUAUUUGCAGCAUUAGUGCUCGUGUUUUUGCUCUGGCCGUAUUUGCAGCGACGCACCCACUUUUAAUUUUUCCCGUUUGUAUUGCCCAUUGGUGUGCAAUGGUGGCAUGGCUGAUUGUCCAAAGAACAAAAGCAUGUGAGAAUCACUGCGAGGAAGCACUUUUUAAUCUGAUUGUCGCUUUUAUCUACGUUUUCACUUUUUUUAACGUUCGAGAUGAACCUACGCGAUACAAAUAUUUGACGUUUUACAUUAUCUGCUUUCUGGAAAACAGUUGUCUCCUAUUUACAUGGUUCUUUUCGUUUAAUCUCAGCACGCCGGAUAUUUUAUGGUUUAGAAUUUCUGGUCUUGUUGGAGAUUAUGCAGUAUUUUUCUUGGGAAUUUUGUCUAUGGUAUUAUAUUAUGUGUACUUUCACCCCUCCGUUGGGGUACAUCAAUCCGAUCAAAAGAACCCCACAAAAGCGCCUUCUAACGCUUCAAUUUCAUUUCCGUCCGAUCUCCCAGUUAGAAGCAAGGCAUUGGCAAGAAAAGGGUCCAUGGACACGUCUCAACUGGCGGGCGUAGUGAUUGGAAAUGGUGGAAGCAGCAGCAGUCAUCAGUGUGGGUCAUCAUCUGCUUCUCGUUCCCGAAAUGUAAACUACUAUGCUUCAGAAAAUUCUACACUUGCUGCUGAAACAUGUAGACAACUUAUGAAUUCAAUUCCAAAAGUUGACCAUGAAGAUGCUACUGCCACUACUACUGCGCCCAUCAGCUCCGUGACCAAAGACCAAAAACAAACGAGAACAUGUAGUGAUGAAACGAGACUAUAAAAGUAAAUGUCGCCAGUUAAGCGUAGUCAUACAUUCAUACAUAACCGUUGUCAUUAGUACGUCUAUAAAAUAGCUUUUGUGUGAUAUGCCCAAGGCUGGUGAGAAAUGUUAGCUUUUAUCUAUUAUUGGCUCGUUGUAUUUGCUACAAUGCGCAAUUUUAGCUAGCUCAGAUAAGUUGUGCCGUAUUAGGAAAACAAGUAACAAACAAAUCUAUAUUCAACUUCCAUAUUAUUAUAUAUUGCAUAGUAUUGUACAAGUCAAAAUUACUAAAUAAUACCUCAUCAUAAUAAUUGUACAUCUUCAUCUUCUCAACAUAGUUUUACCGAAAAACUAUUAUUGUUUGUUUGGUUAGUAUGCAUUAAACAUGGAUGCUAAUUAAUAUAACAUAAUCUGUAUUUAUUUAUCACAUUACUGGCGUACCUAUAAAAUAAUUGUUUAUUUCAUGACGUACCUUAAUCAACAACUAUCUCACCGAACUACUUAUACAAUACCACUUAUUAGUAUUAUAUAUAUACGAAACAUACAUAUUUAUUUAAAUGUAGGAUACAUUAUUAUAUAGACUUUAUUUUACAUAAUACAUACGUGCGAAUCGAGUAUAACUGAUUACAAAUUGAUUCCCAAAAAUACAGAUUAUGUAAUAUGCUGUGAAAGUACAAUAAAGAAAGUGGUCCGACUGUUGUGAAACUCGUAA